CACAAAAUUGAAAAUAAUGAGUUUUGUUCCGUCAGGCGUUAGUGUUGUUAUAAUAACAACUUUGCAUCCGCUGGGUUAUGCAAAAGUCUUAAUACAGUUAGGGAACGAACCAGUGCCUCCGUAUCUCGCAAAGUCUCCAUUCUGGCGGAAACCACAAUAUUACUAUCCAAAUGUCUUUCAAUAUAUACGUCACAUUAAAAGAAAAGAUGGAUUUUUGGGAUUGUACAGAGGGCUUGUACCAAGAAUUCUGGAAGGAAUUGUCGGAAGUUAUGUUACACAGAGUGUGACUGAGUACGUGAAGAAGAAGUAUCCAAUCGAUGAAAAUGAAGAAGGACCAGAAGUUGUUAUAUUUUUCAAACACUUUGCUCUGCAGUCUUCUCAAGAAGUGGCUGCUAAAACUCUUGCAAUUAUUGCCAGCCAACCACUACAAGUGAUUGCCCUUAGGACUAUGGCACAGUUUGUGGGACAGGAGACUUUAUACAGAAAUAUAUUUGUUUCUGUGAUGGAAAUUUAUGAGAAUGAAGGAAUUCUAGGAUUUUAUGCUGGCAUUAUUCCACGACUGAUAGGGGAUGCCCUAGCCAUUGUGCUAAUCAACUUGAUUUCUGAUUUUGUCAACAGAUAUUUCAUAACAGAAAAGGAAUACAAAGCCUACACAGCAGCUGUCAGUAGUCUUUUUGUGACCCAGUUUACAUAUCCAUUUGAACUUGUGUCCAGGAACAUGAGUGUUAAACCAGCAAGGUUACUGGCAGCUCAGAAUAUGCCUGACUACACAGACUGGUUAGAUUGUUGGAGAAUGCUGAAACAAAAUGGUGACUUGCAUCGUGGAUCAAAGAUGUUUCUGCGGGCUGCAAAGAAGGCAACAUUAGAGUGAUAAAUUUGUGAUAGUGAGGCAUCAUCAGGAUACGUUUUACUUCCUGUAGACAAAAUCUGAUUGGGCUUGGCUGAGUGUGAAUGAGCAUCAACAAUUUGUUGAGCAACUUUUUAUGUCAAUAUUUUUAUUUUUAAUUUGCUUGUUCAUUAUGGAUAUGUGGUAUUAUAAUUUUAUAAGUUGUCUGAUAUACAAUACAAACUUUUUUUCCUGAUCAGUAGAAAUGUUUAUCACGACUUUCUUACAUUUUAUUCUGUACUAUAAGGAAGGUUUUAAAUAUUAAACGUUUUAAUUGUCUUAAUGAAUAGGUUUUAAGAUUGUUAAUCUUUUUGUCAUUUACAUUAUUUUACUUAGUACCAUUUCUAUUUAUAUUGCAUUCACAUGUACCCGCCUACUUACUUACAUUUUAAAGAUUGACAAGCAUAUAGAAAACAGAUGAACUUGAAAAGAAAGUUUACGCAAACGUCUGGUUUUGUUGAGUUUACCAUUUGUAAAGUCAAAUUUCAUAUUUUCUCUAGAAAUCAUAAUAGGCCAAAUUGAACCAAAACCUGCCAGCAAAACAUCCUCAGAUGAAGGGGAUUCAAGUUUUGUUCAAACACAAAACCUUUGUCCCAAAAGGGAGAUAAUGAAGAGUAGUAAUAUUAUUUGAAAAUCUUCAUAAGAACACAUUAAUGGCCCUUCAAAGAAAACUUGCAUUGUAUUGUUCAGGUUUGUUCAACUUCAUAUGGCUCCAAACAUUAUGGUGGGGCCAUAUUGGGUUCCAAUAUUUUUAAUGGAAACAAGGAAAUAUGAGAAAUCUGAUGAAAAAUGUUACUAUAUAUUAUUAGUAUUCUCCCCAUGUAAAUUCAUAUUUUUUUCAAAACAAGACUCUGAGGCUAUGGUGGGGCCACAGUAAGGAAUCAAGGUUUUAAUCUUGGAAUAGGAAAAAAUGUACUGCAUGUGCUUUUAUUAGUAGGAACAAGCUCCAAUUUGAAAUUUAGGUGGGCUUUGUGGCCCCUGACAUGGUCCUCCUGUAAUUUGUGGGGUGGAUAGUGUAUUUAUAACAUUGUCGUAGAUUUAUUUAAAGUGAGCAUUCUGAAUGACUAGGUAGAUAUAAAAAUUUUAGUGGCAGGGAAAUGUUGUGCCUUUCACAAUAAAGAUAUUUACAAAA